UGCAAUCAGUUAUUAAAAACCUAGUGGCAGUUACAUGUAUGGGCAGUUACUAAUUUGAGGGAUUUCUUUCUUUUACAGAGAUGAUCAAACAAGAUCUAGUGAGCUGAAGGAUUGAUGCGCAAAGGAGGCCACCAUUCGCCCGUGGCCUGUUUUCUAUUUUUGCCUUUCAACAUUUCAAUAUGGCACGUAUCUCGACUAUAUUUUUACUCUUUGUAGCAUCUAUACUCAGGGGAGCACUGAGCGUAUCUGAAAACUGCCGGGGCGCCCGCUGCUUCUCUGGCCAGGACUGGAGCAGAACAUGCGCCGGAGCGCACUGCCAGGGACGCACAGAGUCAGUAGCGUUGCGACGGCAGUUUCACCACUCUGCACAAUCCAGACAAGGACAACUUCACUCGAGUUACCAACAUGAUUCUCAUUCCAGUCAUCACCAAGCCCAGAGCGCGCCGUUAGCGCCGUAUACCAUCAUCCAACCUCAGCCGGGAAGCUUUGCGCAACACGCAGGUACGGAUGGCUCCAGGAGGACGAACCCGAGAACCAUCACGGCGGAGGUGUUCCAUCCUGGCUGUGCAGGUGGGACCUGUCCGACCACUGUCUCUCAUCGCCCACCGAGUGAUGACAGUGCAACACGGGAGUGCAAAGGGAUUGGAUGUAAACUUCCCCUCCGGAUGCGCCAGAAGCAAAAGCCUUGCGUCGGAGAUGGUUGCGGUACGCACGGAGGAGACGACGGGAGAGGAAACUCUUCACCGGUUCAUGUGACAGAUAGAGCGGCGCAGUUUCUGGACGAACUUCCAGACUUUGGGUCGGAACGUGGCGCAUGGAUACAGUUGACAUGUGACAUGAAACCAGGGACUAAUGAGUUGCCCUCAGAGGACGCUCUUGUACUGCAGCUGCAGCUGUCUAAGAGUCAAGAGAAGCUGGUUGAGGCCCUCAGGGGCCAACAGGACGAGGUCAGGGAGCUUCAGAGGCUCCUCAGUGAGCAGCAGGGGACGCUGGUCAACCAGCAGAGAGAAAUACUGGAGCAACAGAGGAGGAUGUAUGAACAGAUGGAGCAAGUUAAAGCCCAGCAUAAGUUACUGAUGGACAGCAUCAAACAAACAACUUUCCAGAACCUGCAGGGGGAGCUAGAUAGUCACAUGGAAACCUUGAGUGGGCAGGCUAGAGCCCAGCUAGCACAGCAGGCUCUCUCUUUGCACAAGGUGGACAUGGAGGCCAGCGUGAUGGAGGUGGGUCGCUCCCUGUUGGCCUGUGGGAGCUGUGGCCCUGAGGAGUAUUGUGGCUUCAGCAGUGGUCGUCCUCGCUGUGAGAAAUGUACCAUCUGUCCUGCCGGCUUCUUCCUGGUCGCCCAGUGUUCAGUCCACGCAGACAGAAUCUGCCAGGACAGAGAUGAAUGCCUAGAAAUAGCUGAUCUGUGCGGAGAUCAACAGAAGUGUCUCAAUACUCCAGGUGGAUUCAGGUGCCAGGACAUGACAGAGCGAGAAGCCAACUCAGGAAUGUGCGGUCACGGCUACUUCUUCAACUCGGACAUGGAUGAGUGUCAGGCCUGUAAUGAGUGUGAUGGAGAGCCCGUGUCUUCACCUUGCACCUUCAACACAGAUACCGUCUGCUCUGGCCCUGCUGCAGGUGACGGCACCCUCUCUCUGUCCUGGGCCGGAGAUGUGAGUCUGCCUGACGCAAAAGGCCACAAUCUGGCUCACGCUUUCCCUAACAUGCAGCUUCAUAUCCAGGGAAGAGGUGACGCAGGUCUGGUGUCCGCUGAAGACGGGCACCUGGUGGUCAGGCAACAUGGUCUGGUCUGGCUUGAUGAGAAUCUCUCUGUGAGCCAUGGCUGUCGUAGCUUCAUCCAGUUGUGUCUGCGUAUGAACAACACAGACGGCUCUGAAAGUCGUGACCUCAGUGGCGUUAGGGUCGAGCAGCGGGAAGGAAGGUCGCUCCAGAGCGUCAGCAUCAGUGGGGUAGCAGAGGUCGCCCCAGGUCACACGAUCUCCCUCUUCCUCCGGAGCGCAAGCCACCACUGUAACCAAAGCAGUGAAGGUCUGCAGCUGUAUGAUCCUUCAGCAUCUCCACUCAGCCUCCUCUGGCUCUCUCAUGACACCGGAGCUGUGGCCAUGACAGCGCAGGCCACGGUGUCCGCACACUACCACACAAACUAUCGCCCGCUGUUCCGCACCACCUCCACCUCAGACCCUUAUGUAGUGGGGCUGACUCACGAUGGCCGAGGGAUCCGUUUUGCAGAAAGUGGCACUGUGCGUUUUGUCUUCCAGCAGGCGUUGUACUCUGUGGGCCAGGCAUGUGUGAGUGAAGGCUUCCAACUGUUGGCGUACCUCAACCAUAAUGGAACUGGCAUGGAGCUGGGCCGUGCCUUCAGACCAGGCGUCCACUAUCGAGACACAUCCAUAUCUCUGUCUGGAGCAGCUAAAGUUGGCCCUGGGGACACAUUGGGUUUUGAGAUCCUCUCUCCUGCUCAGUGCAACGUACGUUUCUUUGGUGAUGAAAUAGGCAUCAGUACCCUCAGCUUGGUUUGGGUCCCGGCUGCUAUCUCUUCCUCUCUGUCUGCCACCGUGGCUCACACCGGUCUUCCCUCAGGAGCAGUUCGAAACAAGCCACUGUUCUUCCGCCAGACCAGCGCUCAGGUGUCCCAGAUGGGGCUGGUUGGGAAGGGAUCCACAGAUCAGAGACAUGAUUUUGUCUUCAUGGAGAGUGGCACAGCCAGUGUGGCUCUGGAUCUCAAACUCAUUCACUCCUGCAACUUGGUCAAGGUGACUCUUCUAAGGCGAAGUGAUUCAGAGGGGUCACGAGGAGGUCGGGAGGCAGAGGCAGCCCGACCUGUACCUUUAGCCCAGCAGGUGGGUGGUCAGAUGCCCGAGGGCAGCCAUUGGGCCAGUGUGAGCUUGCGGGCGUCUUUCCAGGUUCAUAAUGGCACAGCGUUGUUCUUCACAUUGGACUGUGUACGCGGAAGGGUCAACCAGAUCAGCCACCAAACAGGAAGUGGAGUGUCAAUCCUCUGGGUGGCUGCAUAACGUAAGAAAGGCAAAACUUUAACAUGUUGUUUCUUUAUAUGGUUUCCAGUUCAGUAGGCCAAAUGUUAAACCAUUUAUAUGAUGGACUGGUUUGAUUGGUUUGAUUUUAAUGGAAUAGUUAGAUAUUUUGGGAAAGACAUUAUUUGUUUUCUUGCCGAGAGUUAGAUGACAAGAUUAAUAUCACUAUUAAUAUCACUGAAUAUGAAGCUACUACCAGCAGCCUGUUAGCUUAGCUUAGCAUACAGACUGGAAAAUGGGGCGAACCAGCAAGCCUGGCUCUGUUAUCUUAUCUUUUUUUUUAAUACAUACAAAAAGCAACAAGUUGUGGUGUCAUGCUAUGCAAGCUGCUUGCCUCCAGAUUUUGUGCUAAGCUAAGCUAAACAUCUGUAAUCAAUGUGUAAUAGACAGAUAUAAGAGUGGUAUCGAUCUUCUCAUCUAACUCUCUGCAAGAAAGUGAAUAAGGGUUAUUUCCCAAACUUUUAAUUAUUCCUUUAAGCUGCUUGAUUUUGUAGUGAGUAGUCGACAGCUAAUUUGUGUCAAAAAUGUGGACUUUUAUUUAAGACAUGCAGCAUUGUGCAUCACUAUUUGUAUUUAUGCUAAUAAAAGUAUUAGAAUUGUGUAAUGAUUUCUACAGUACCAAUGAUGGCUCUAAGCAACUGUGUUCACCUGAUAAUCCAGGACAGUUUUCUCACGCUUGGGUUUUUUGCUUUUUCAUGUUCAGAGAUUUCAUGUGCUGUACUUUCUCUGUCUUUUAUUUAUGUAAUUCACUUUAUCUGUUGACGCCACAGGACCUUCAGAUCAUUCCCACUGUGACUACAGCUUUUUCUUCAGUCACCAAAAGCAGUUUGCUGGUGCUGGUUUCAUUCAGGAGUGUGUUUUUUAAGAGCAUGUGUUUCAUUUUAGUCGCCAUUUUCUAAUGUGAGCAUCUACUGCAUGCCUUGUUUAGUGACCACUUUGUGCAUAUUAUGGACUUAAAGAGGAGGCCCUGUGUUUUUAGUAAACUGUCCUGGAUAGACCGCAUGCUAUUUUAAAUAUUAAC